AUGCAAAAAAGUCACCAUGUUUUUAUUGCUGUGAUAAUAAAAAUUUUUGGCGCAAAGUGUAAUGGUGGAUGCAGAGAGUGUGACAACCCCGGCAUUCAGUUUAACAAAGAACAACCGCCGGCAGUCGUCACCGUGUUCUUCACCAGUGGGUCGAGCGAUUCGUUCACUGAUCCUGGAGGGCAACAACGAAGGUCAUGUGAGCGAACCGGCCUCGAGAUCAAACCAGAGACCGCGAGGCUGACCUCUGGUGCGCCGGACGAUGACAAAGCCGAAACCUUUAUCCGCGGAUGCUAUUUCACAAACUGGGCUCAAUAUCGGCCAGGCACAGGAAAAUACGAACCGAGCCAUUACAUACCAGGACUGUGCACGCACAUAUUUUACGCUUUCGCCUGGAUGAACGAAAACUACACCGUUCGAAGCUACGAGUGGAACGAUGAAUCUACGGCCUGGAGCAAAGGCCUUUACGAAUUGAUGAACGAUCACAAAAGGGUCCAGCCAGACUUGAAAACACUGCUGCUGUUCAAGUCGAUGUCAGCAUCCAAGGCCACUCGGCAGGUGUUCAUCGAUUCGACGAUCAGUUUUGUACGGAGUCACAACUUUGACGGUUUCGACCUUGAUUGGGAGUACCCGGACACACAGACGGACAAAGAUAACUUCAUACUGUUGAUCCAGGAAAUGUCAGACGCGUUCAAGCUUGAAGGUACUAAAACCGGACGACCUCGUCUGCUACUCACUGCAGCUGUGGCAGCCGGAUACGGCACGAUCAUCAAAGGAUACGAUGUGAAAAAUGUCGCAAAGUAA